UUGUCCCUCCCCUAGGCAGAGAGGGCCUUUUUCUCAACACUGGAGUAAGCUGCUGUUCAGUGGACAAUUAGUCAUGUCUGGACUACAGGGUGUUGGACUGCUGCUGCUGUGGGGCAGCGUCUGUCUCUGGCUGCCCGGCCUGGCCCGGGGGGCUCUGCUCAUUUCCGGGGACCAAAAAGAUCUGCAGGAGCAAAGAGGUGCUGCCAAAUCACUGCAGAAAAGAAGUGCAAAUGAGGCCAUGGUGGAGGUGUACAGCGUGAAGGUGGACUGCACCGUGACAUCUCGUUUUGCCCACACCGUCAUGACCUCCAAGGCUCUGAACAAAGCAAACUACUCCCAGGAAAUCUUCUUCGAGGUGGAUCUGCCCAAAACCGCCUUCAUCACCAACUUCAGCAUGGAAAUCGAUGGCCAGGUGUACGUUGGGGAGGUGAAGGAAAAAGAGAAAGCCAAGAAACAAUAUGAGAAGGCUGUUUCCUCUGGAAGUACUGCUGGACUGGUGAAAGCUUCUGGAAGAAAGAUGGAGAAGUUUUCAGUGUCGGUCAACAUCGCAGCUGAAAGUAACAUCACCUUCAUUCUGACCCACGAGGAGCUCCUUCAGAGGAAACUGGGCCGGUAUGAGAUUCUGACCCGAGUUAAACCCAAACAACGGAUCCAGGAGUUUCAGAUUGUGACCAACAUCUAUGAGCCUAAGGGUUUAUCUGAUGUGGAUGCUCAUGCAAGCUUCCUCUCCAAUGAGCUGCUGCCCCUGGUGGAGAAAACUGUCACAGACAAUAAGGCCCACAUCUCUUUCUCACCAACUAUGGAGGAGCAGAGGAAUUGUCCAGAUUGUGAGGGAACACUAAUCGAUGGAGAUUUUGUCGUCACAUAUGACGUGAAAAGAGCGAAGAGCCUGUGGGAUAUUCAGAUUGUGAACGGAUACUUUGUGCACUUCUUUGCUCCCCUUGACCUGCCCAGAGUCCCAAAGAACGUGGUGUUUGUGAUUGACAGGAGUGGAUCCAUGACUAUGACAAAGAUGACACAGACACGGGAAGCAAUGCUGGCCAUCCUCAAAGACCUCCACGAGGACGACCACUUUGCCAUCAUCCAGUUUGAUAACCGCAUUGAGAUGUGGAAAGAAUCACUUACCAAAGCAACCAAGGAAAACGUGGAUGAAGCGAUGACAUAUGUCAGAAACAUCAAUUCCAGAUCAGCCACCGAUAUCAACGAGGCAGUGUUGACAGGCGUCAGAAUGCUGGCCAAAGACAGGCAGCAGGGGAAUCUCCCAGAGAGGAGCAGCGAUAUGAUUAUCUUACUCACUGAUGGGAUGCCAAACUCUGGAGAAUUUGACACUGGGAGAAUCCAGAGCAAUGUGCAAUCUGCUAUUGGAGGAAACAUGUCCCUGUUCUGUCUUGGAUUCGGAAAUGACGUGGACUACUCCUUCCUGGAUGUGUUGAGCAAACAGAACCAGGGAAUUGCCCGCAGGAUCUUUGAGGGUUCGGAUGCAGCCUUACAACUCCAGGGUUUCUAUGAGGAGGUGGCUAGCCCUCUGCUCUUAGACGUGGACCUGCGUUAUCCUGAUAAUGCAGUGGACUCCCUGACGACUAACCACUACAGCCAGCUGUUUAAUGGCUCAGAGAUCGUGGUGGCGGGUCGACUAACCGACAACGACCUGGACAACUUCAUGGUGGAAGUGUUCGCUCAGGGGUUUGAUGAGGAAUACAAAGUGCAGGGCCAGGCCAGCGCUGAGGAUUGGAAUGUGUUGUACCCAGAUGAGGAUUACAUCUUUGGAGAUUUCACAGAGCGUUUGUGGGCCUACCUCUCCAUCCAGCAGCUACUGGGUACAAGCAAGAGUGGUACCCCAGAUGAGAAAUCCAACGCCACUGCUAAGGCCCUGGAAAUGUCUCUGCAAUACAGCUUCGUUACCCCUCUCACCUCCAUGGUGGUCAUCAAGCCUGAAACUGAGGAUGAACAAGGCAGCCCUCUCAUUGCAGAUAAACUGACUGAGGAACAGAGACAACAGGCAGAAAAAGUUGCAUAUAAACCAUAUGCAGCCCAACCUCCUUCAUAUGCUUACCACCAAACACCCACAUAUUUAGUGGAUGGAGAUCCUCAUUUCUUGAUUGAGCUUCCUGAAAGGGACGACGCGCUGUGCUUCAACAUUAACAACAAACCAGGAACCAUUUUCAACCUGGUCAGAGACCCAAUACCAGGUAUUUUGGUCAAUGGUGAGAUCAUCGGAGAAAAGAUGAUUCCCCCUGAUGGGCAAAUCAACACCUACUUUUGGCGUUUUGGCAUCGUCCACCAGUCUCUGGGGGUGAGGCUGGAGGUGAACACUCAGGACAUUGUGGUGCUCCAGGACGGCAAGCAGGUCAAACUACCGUGGUCUGAUGCAGCUUCUGUCAAAGGAACCAAUGUAGAUCUUCUCUUGACCAAGGAUCGAAGCCUAACGGUAACUCUGAAGGAUUCGGUCAAGUUUGUCAUCCUGCUCCACAAAGUGUGGGCGAAGCAUCCAUACCAUCGGGACUACUUGGGUUUCUACACCCUGGACAGCCACCUCCUGUCCCCUCUCGUUCACGGCCUGUUAGGUCAGUUCUACCAUGGGAUUGAAUACGAGGUGUCCGAGCUGCGUCAGGGUGAAGUCCAAGAGAAACCGGACGCCACCAUGUAUGUGAAAGGCCAGGAGCUCAAUGUGACCAGAGGCUGGCAGAGAGACUUCAGGAAGGAUGUGAAGAAUGGAGAAAAUGUUCCCUGCUGGUUCGUCCACAGUAACGGAACAGGCCUCAUCGAUGGAGAUGCAACAGACUAUGUUGUUUCAGGCCUUUUUAAAACUGUAUAAAAACAAGUUAGGCUACAAAAUGUCCAACCGAGAAAUAAUCAUUCAUAUAGUUAAUUUCCAAAUAUGCCAGUGCUUUACAGCAUGAAUGUAAGGGCUAACACACUUCAUUCACAGCAUUGUAUGGACAAUAUUACAGUUUCAAAUAUCAAAUAUUCAGUGUAAGGACGUUUAAGAAUGGACACGAUCCCAAAUAGUGUGAGCUGGGAAACCUCGGCUUCAGCAAUAACUUGUUUUGAAAUAAAUGGGACACCUUUCUUAAAAAUGGAGUUAAGCUGAAUUUAUUUAUAUCAAUUUCAGUUUUUCAUUUUCAUUGUUUAGUCCAACAAAAAAUACUUAUUUGAAAGUCUGUAAUAGCCUGCUACUGAUAAACCCUUAAACAGGCCCUAUUUAACUUUUUCUGGUUUUCCCUUUCCUGUAGUGUGUUGUAGGUUUCUGUGCAUGUUAAUGGUCCGCAAAGGAUUAAAUCCUAAAGUUUCCUCCAGAGGGAGUUUCUCUCCCACACCCUCCCCCACUGCCUGAAACACCUGUAUUGAACUUCUUUGUUAAUUCUGUAACAUAGUGACAUCAUUGUGUAAAACUUGCGCUUCUAUUGGCUAGCGCUCAACACAUUGUACGUGUUGUGCUAAGGAGCGGGACAUCUCUAAGCAGUCAAUCAGAGCAGAGAAGGCCAGCUAACCAAUCAGAGCACACUCCGCUCUGGUUUCAGACAGAGGGUGAAAAGAGGUGCUGCAGUACAGGCAGUAUGAGAAAAUAAAAAACGUUUUGAACAUUAAAGCAUGUAAACGUGUCACAGAAGAGGCACAACAUAGGCUACAAAUAUGAAAGUGAGCAUGAAAGGGCCCAUUUAAAUCCAACCCUGCUUUUUGUAUCCUAGUUCAAAUGUUUGCUGUAUCAGGAUCUCUCAGGAUGUUUAGUGGGAUCCAAACAGUUUCCAGGCAGCGCAACUCUGAGAAAAAGCUCUCUUACAGUUCAUGUGAGGUCUUCUGUUGGACUCUGUAGGACCUUUGCGGUAAUAAAUUGGUGAAACAUUUUUCAUGUUUGAAAAGUCCAAAUGUCCUAAUUCAACCUAGAGUAACACCAAUUAACAGCAAUAAUUGUAAGACUUUAUCUGUGGUCGAUAUCUUUUGAUAAUGGAGUUUGCCGUUAAGCUUAACAGAUGUAAACCCAGACGUAAGAACUCAAACGGAAUAAACAAGUCUUGACAA